CUAUAAAAGUGUUUAGAAGCAGUGAAAUCUACCAAAAGAGAUGGAGUUGGCACUUUUGAUGCUCGCCGUCCUGGUUUGGGUCACAGUUUGGGCGGACGACAGCAAGAUCAUUUCGGACAGAUAUGCUGUGUACUGGAACAGCACGAAUCCAAGGUUCGUUCAUGGCGAGUACACGGUGGAGGUAGCCAUCAACGACUACCUGGACAUCUACUGUCCGCACUACGAGACUCCGCUCCCACCAGAGCACAUGGAGCGCUACAUCCUCUACAUGGUUAGCUACGAUAGCUACAUCACCUGCAACCACCUCAUCAGAGGCUUCAAGCGCUGGGAGUGCAAUCGGCCCCUGAGUCCCAGCGGGCCGCUCAAGUUCUCUGAGAAGUUUCAGCUCUUCACGCCCUUCUCUCUGGGCUUCGAGUUCCGUCCGGGACACGAGUACUACUACAUCUCAUCCCCACAUCCAAACCUUGCUGGGAAGCCUUGCUUGAAGCUCAGAGUGUAUGUCAAGCCCACAAACGACUCUGUGUACGAGUCCCCGGAGCCCUUUCUGACAGACGACACUAACGACGGUCACUCUCUUUCCCCGUGUCUCUCUCCAUUACUGCUCGUGCUCCUCGUCCUGAUCGGCUGCUAGCACUGCAGCUACACACCUGAUCCAGCAUCCACAACUCGACCU